AUGCCUGAGGAUGACGAUUCAAUCAACAACGGCAUCAGCGUUACAGCAUAUCCUGAUAUUGUAUACACCAUCGAGCCAGUCAUCACACAUGUCACUUACUUGCUACGAAUGGUACGUUGGAAGCAGGGCUAUACCCGUCAAUCAAUUGCAGCGCUGCUUGUUUGGACUUUUGUUUGGUUUCAUCCUUUUAUUGUUGCCUAUACACUACCUAUAUAUAUCGCUGUAUUUGUGUACUAUGGUUUCAUGACCGAGACACCCAUCCACGAGAAGGCUUCGACCGCCAACGUGCAAGACAACCUCACCGCCAAACUGAAAGAGAUUCAAUACGAACUAUCCAUGAUGUUACCAAGUGCAGAAUUCAAGGAUCAAUUUAAACAGUACUGUCGAUCAUUGUUUGUGCUUUCUAUUUACCAGAAAUUGCUGCAAUUCGUUUCGGUCUACACCAUUUGGAUAACUUGUUUGGGGUUGUUUGGUCUCGACAAAAUGAUCUGGUGCCUUGGAUCCAUUGCAUUUACUUGGAAUAGCCCUUUGUUUAGAGUCAUUCGCUAUUCAUAUCACAGGGCAGCAUUCAUUCUUCGUCAUGCCAAUCGCGUCAUUGUUCCACAAAAGGCCAUGACUUCACCACACAAACGCAGCAAGAGCCAUGAACAUUUCGAUCGUUGCUAUCAUUUCAAGGUGAUUGAGCAUCAACGCUGGUGGUUUCAUAAAGGAUGGACAGCUCUGCUAUUACCCAACGAAAGACCAGAAUGGUCUGACGAAUACCUUAUUCGAGUACCAUCUACUCAAAAGUUCCAGUUACCGCCUCCCACUACCAAAGUUGAUCCAAAAACGCAAAAAAUGACCACCAUCACAUGGCAGUGGGUAUCUCAAGAAUGGCAGAUAGAUGAUAAUCGCAAUGUAGACAAAGAUGGAUGGGAAUAUGGCAAUUGGAAUUGGGAAUCAUGGGGAUCCAAAUCCUCUGGUUUGCGUGUGCUCACAAGACGUCGGCAUUGGGUCAGGAACGCCCGUCUCAUCAUCAAGGAAGCGGAAGAGGGCUCUUCCCAUCAUCCUGCACCUAUUCACAUCAAAAGAUCAAGCUCUUGUUCAACUUCGACUUCUGUAUCAUUAUCUUCUACAUCUUAUUCGUCAUCUGUGGAUUCAUCGUCGUCUUAUCUAUGCACGACACCUACAUCCUAUACCUCCAACACAACAACAGAUCUCCUUCACAGGUUUCAAACAAAGUCGUAUUCCACGAGUACCAUCAGUCAAAAUCACCAUCAAACUGUGGAACCAGCAUCGCCAUUUUCUGAUACUGCUUCCACUGUGGAUAGCCAUUUCUGGUUGCGCCGGUAA